AUGUCGUCCACGCCUUUACCCAUCGCGGUCGAUCCGGUCGCGUUGGUCAUUACGGAAUGCAUCACAGUCACAUCGGCCAUGCGAAAACAUGCCCGCUGGGCUCACUCGUCCGUCUCUGCCAUCCUCGGCGGAGGCGCCGUCUCUCGUGUCUACGACCGAGAUACAUCGGCGCCCCCAAGCCCCCGCAAUGGGUCUACGCCGCCCCGUCCACGAUCGAGAAUGUCCUCCGCCGAUGAGGAUCACGUCCUCGCGAACCGCUGGGGUCUCCGGGGCAAGAAGGGCAAGAGUAUGCAAGAUAACCCGCUGAUUUCAGCCUUUGCCAGGUUGCGGAGCGACCUCAAGGGUUGCAAAGAUAUCCGAUCCUUUGACGCUCCUGCCUUGCUUCACCCGUUCCUCCAGGUCAUCCGAUCCUCUUCCACCUCCGCCGCCAUUACCUCCCUGGCCCUUGUCGCCCUGACCAAAUUCUUCGCCUACAACAUCAUUAGUUGCGAUUCUCCCAGACUCCCCAUGGCCAUGCAACUCCUCUCGGCCGCCAUUACCCAUUGUCGCUUCGAAGCCAGUGAUUCGGCCGCCGAUGAGAUCGUCUUGCUGCGGAUCUUGAAACUGAUGGAAGGGAUGCUGUCUCGGCCCGAGGGCGAGCUGCUCGGAGACGAGAGUGUUUGUGAGAUGAUGGAAACCGGUCUGAGCAUGUGUUGUCAGGUCCGCCUGUCGGAGGUGUUGCGGAGAUCGGCCGAAAUGGCCAUGGUCAACAUGUGUCAGGUCAUUUUUAUGCGCCUGUCGCACCUGGAACUCUCCGAGGACGACGAAACCGGAUCCCAAGCUCCUUUGCGCACCGAGUCCGAGCAGACCAACUUGAAGAUGGAUCCGUCCGUCGACGGGAAUACCGUGACCUCGCAACAUCCAUCCGCCAUGGGUUCCGACACCGGGGUCACUGAUCGCGAUCGCGGCAGCCGAGAUGGAUCGCCGGAGCAGAUGCUGAAUGGAAGUGCCGUUGCCGCCCCGCCCAACCCCCAGGACGACACCGGUGACGAAGUGAAACCAUACUCUUUACCGUCCAUUCGUGAACUGUUCCGCGUCCUCAUCGACCUGUUAGAUCCGCACAACCGCCAACAUACCGAGCCGAUGAAGGUCAUGGCAUUGAGGAUCAUUGACGUUGCCCUGGAGGUCGCGGGUCCGUCUAUUGCGAAACACCCAAGUCUCGCGACGCUGGCGCAAGACGACCUAUGCCGGCACCUCUUCCAGCUGGUUCGAUCAGAGAACAUCGCAAUCUUAACGGCGUCACUGAGGGUCGCCGGCACUCUGUUGCUAACUUGUCGGCCGGUCUUGAAGUUGCAGCAGGAGCUUUACCUGUCCUACCUGGUCGCCUGUUUGCACCCGAAGGUCGAAAUUCCGAAAGAGCCCGGCAUCAAUCCGGCCCUUUACGACGGUGUCCCGCAGGUGCCCAAGCUCGUGAAGCCGUCGCCAUCGCAAACGAAUAGUGGAAGAUCCACGCCGGUUCCCGUUAAGGAUAGACAACAGUUGGGUCUGGAAGGUGGGUCGCGGAGGCCGGAGACCCGGGAAGCCAUGGUCGAGAGCAUUGGCGUGCUGGCACGCAUCCCGAGCUUCAUGGUAGAGCUUUUCAUCAACUACGACUGCGAUGUCGAUCGGGCCGACCUGUGCGAGGACAUGGUCGGCUUGCUCUCACGUAGUGCGUUUCCGGAUUCAGCUACGUGGAGCACGACCAACGUGCCUCCGCUGUGUCUGGACGCCCUACUUGGUUACGUUCAAUUCAUCUACGAUCGACUUGACGACGAGCCGUCGCACGAGGGUUUCCCCCCCAUCGAGCAGCUCCGGAGCCAGCGCAAGACGAAGAAGCUGAUCAUUCACGCCGCCCAGAAGUUCAACGAGGAUCCCAAAGCUGGGAUUGCUUAUCUGGCAUCCCACGGUAUCAUCGAAGACCCGAGUGAUCCCGCCCUUGUUGCUCGUUUCUUGAAGGGGACGACUCGGUUGUCAAAGAAGAUGCUGGGUGAAUAUUUGUCCAAGCGCAAUAAUGAAGAGCUGCUCGAUGCCUUUGUCGAGCUGUUCGAUUUCUCUGGAAAGACCAUCGUAGAUGCCCUCCGUGAUCUCCUGGGUGCUUUCCGUUUGCCUGGCGAAUCACCCCUCAUCGAACGUAUCGUCACCACCUUCACCGAGAAAUACAUGCAAAAGGCCCAGCCCGCUCAGAUCGCCGACAAAGACGCUGCCUUUGUGCUAACGUACGCCAUCAUCAUGCUUAAUACAGAGCUCUACAACCCCAACAUCAAGUCCCAAAAUCGCAUGUCCUGUACCGAUUUCUCCCGGAAUCUGCGGGGCGUGAAUUCAGGCCAGGACUUCGCACCUGAAUUCUUGCAGGAGAUCUACGAUUCAAUCAAACAUAAUGAGAUCAUUUUGCCGGAUGAGCAUGAUAACCAGCACGCAUUCGACUUUGCGUGGCGGGAAUUGUUGCUGAAAUCCUCCUCUGCCGGAGAGUUGGUUGUUGGUGAAACCAACAUCUACGACGCUGAGAUGUUCGCCGCUACCUGGAAACCGGUGGUCGCGACUCUAUCUUAUGUCUUCAUGUCUGCCUCGGAUGACGCAGUUUACUCCCGGGUUGUCACUGGAUUCGAUCAGUGCGCCCAAAUCGCUGCCCGUCAUGGCUUAACCGACGCCUUCGACCGGAUCGUCUUUUGUCUGUCCUCGAUCAGUACCUUGGCUACCGAAAAGCCCCCCAGUACCGCUCUCAACACCGAAGUGCAGGCCGGUCAGAAGAGCGUGAUGGUGAGCGAACUUGCGGUGAAGUUCGGGCGGGAUUUCAGGGCCCAACUGGCCGCGGUGGUACUCUUCCGUGUAUUGGCUAGCAAUGAAGCCGCAGUUCAGCAGGGCUGGACCUAUGUGGCUCGAAUCCUUAGCAACCUGUUCAUUAAUUCUCUUAUUCCUGCGCUCGAUUCCAAUCUUACCGCUGAGCUUGAUAUCUCGCCAAUUCCAUUGCAGACUCCGUCGCAAGUCGUGGACCGCGAUGGACGGAAUACGGAAACUGGGCUUCUAUCUGCUUUCACGUCAUACCUCUCCAGCUACGCAGCUGAUGAGCCUCCGGAGCCGUCGGAUGAAGAGCUGGAGAACACCUUGUGCACUGUGGACUGCAUUACCGCUUGUUCUACAGCCGACAUCUUGGCAAAUAUCAAGUCCCUUCCAUUGGAGACGGUGACUUUGGUUGUAGAAGCGCUAUUGGCCCAGAUGCCCGAAGAAAGUGCUCCGGCAGUCAUUGUCGUGAAGCCCGAACGACCUUCAGCUGGCUCAAGGGCGUCCAACGGCAGGACCGAUGGCAGCAGGUCCAACUACGACCCAGGCAUGAUGUACCUCCUUGAACUAGCGACUAUCCUGACCUUGCGGGAUUCGCAAACCCUAGAGGCUCUCGGGGAGAGACUCCUGACCACGUUACAAGCGUUCAUUCGCGACGCGAGAAACAUCCAUUCUUUGGCCUUGUCCCGAAUCAUUCAUUAUCUGCUGAACCUGCUCCGGCUGAGCCACGAUCAGCCUUUCAUGAGGGUUCCUGUAAUCUUGCACGGCAUCUCUGGCUUUGACCAGGACAUCUUGGAAAGCGUCGCCGUUACGGUAGUGAAGAGCUUAUCCCGCUGCAUCUCGAGCCCCGGGCUUUUGCGGAACGAGAUCACCGUCUCUCCUGAUUUCUGGUCCAUCUUGCAGAGACUGCUGCCUCACAAGGAAGCUGCUCCACUUGUGUUCGAUCUGCUACACUCCAUUGUGGACUCGAAUCCUCCCAUAAUCACUGCCGAUAACUAUGAGGCUGCCGUUGGCCUUGCAAAUGACUUCAUCAGCGCCGGUAGCGUAGGCUAUAUUGAAGAGCGUCAGCGGGACGCGCAUGGAAGACGUGGCAAAGCUGUCAAGCCUUCAAAGCCGAGUGAGAAUGAGGUGGUAUCACGUGGCGUUAAGGCCAUCGGUUUCGUCCUGCAAUUGACCCGGCGUGUGCCGAGCCUAAUCAAGCAGUCACACCUCGAGGAAAGCGAAGCCUGGUCCGCCUACUGGUCCCCUAUAUUCCAAUCAUUGACUGCGCAAUGCAUCAACCCAUGCAGAGAUAUCCGUCACCAUGCUGUUUCAGCUCUACAAAGAACUCUCCUUUCCCUUGAGAUCAGCUCCACCGAUGAGAAGGAGUGGACAGCCAUCUUCGACCAAGUUCUCUUCCCUCUUAUCCUCCGGUUAUUGAAGCCCGAAGUAUACCACUCCGAUCCCUUGGGAAUGGGUGAAACCCGCGUCCAAGUGGCCAUCUUGGUGUGCAAAAUCUUCCUGCGCUACCUCGACCAGCUUCCCAACCGUGACGGCAUGCUCGAUCUGUGGCUCAAGAUCCUCGAUAUCCUCGACCGGAUGAUGAACAGUGGCCAAGGAGACAGCCUGGAAGAGGCAAUCCCUGAAAGUCUCAAGAACAUCCUCCUCGUCAUGGCAGACGGAGGCUACCUGGUCCCUCCUUCCCAGGAUCCCAGCAAGGAGCCCAUCUGGACAGAGACCAAGAAACGCCUGGAACGAUUCCUGCCUGAUCUGUUCAAGGAAAUCUUCCCCAAUGCAUCCGACGAGAAAUCCGCCCCCGUCUCCGUGGCUCCCUCCCCUGCCCCGUCAACUCCAACUCCCCCUGCUGAACCCCAAGAGCAAGUCAGUACCAGCGCAGAAGAGCAACCGGCCUCAUCUGAAGCUGCCGCCGAAGCCAAAGCAGAAGAGACCGAAGCACCGGCGGCUAAACAGGAUUAA